AUGACUUCUGAAGACAAGACAGAAGAGCAUCCAUUUGCAGACAUCUUCAACGAAGAUGAAACUGACAGGAACUGUUUACUGUCCAAACCGGCUUGCUUUGUUAUCUUCGGAAAACCUGGGGCUGGGAAGACAACAUUAGCCCGUAACAUAGCACAGGCAUGGAAAUGUAUUCGUGUUGAAGCUUUAUCCGUCUUGGAAGAGCACGUUGCCACUGAGAACGAGACCGGAGCUAUGCUGCAGUCACUGCUGGUGAGUGGGCACAGUGUCCCAGACGAGCUGGUCACCAAGCUGAUCCUAGAGAAGAUCAAGUCUCCGGAAGUUGCUCACUUCGGCUACAUCAUCACUGAAAUGCCAUCACUCUCACAAGAUAGCAUGACUUCUCUGAAGCAAAUAGAAUUUGUUAAGAAUUUAGAAUUGCAACCCGAUAUCAUAAUCAAUAUUAAGUGCAGUGACUACGACUUGUGCCAAAGAAUUUCUGGGCAGCGGCAGCACAGUACUACCGGCUAUGUGUACACCAGAGAGCAGUGGGACCCGGAAAUCAUUGAGAGUCGCAGGAGAAAGAAGAGGGACGUCCCCAAGGAAGGAAAAUCUGAAGAGGAAGAAGAGGAAGAGGAACAAGAAGAGGAGGAGGCAUUUAUGGCUGAAAUGCAGGUGGUGGCUGAAAUUCUUCAACACCUCGUCCAGAGGCCUGAGGAUUAUUUGGAGAACGUUGAAAUCACUGUGAAGCUUUAUAAGGAGCUACUUCUUAGUGCUUUAGAGGAGGUAAUGGCUGAGCACAACCCCCAGUAUCUCAUCGAGCUAGAUGGGAAUAAGUCACCGGAAGAGCUCUUCAUGACAGUCAUAGAGCGGCUGAAGUACUUGAAUGUGAGGCGGGCGGCCAUUGUAACCAAGCUUCAGGGGACAGAAGAGGAAAUGACUGACAUCAUAGAUACCGAAGAGCUGUUCCGUACGGUGUCGUCCUAUAAACUCAUUGCACCAAGGUAUAGAUGGCACCGAAGCAAGUGGGCACGGUCUUGUCCAGUAUCCUUAAAGGAUGGGAACAUUUAUUCAGGAGCAGCAGACUACACCGUGAGUUUUCUAGGUAAAAUGUUCUGCCUUUCUUCUGAAGAAACAUUAAAAUUGUUCUCACUGAACCCCCGUCCCUUCCUCCUGCCACCUAUGCCGUUGCCACCAUGCAAAGUCUUUUUAUUUGGACCAGAGCACAUAGGGAAAACAACGCUGGCCAACCUGAUUGCAGAACACUUCAAAGCAAAGGUAAUUGACUACACCAAACUUGUUCAGCCACGCUUUGACAGUGCACGAGAAAAGCUAAUACAAGACACCAUAAGUGAAGCCACUCAAACAGCUAUCAAAGUUGUGAAAGAGAGGCUUAUGAAUGAGAUGCAAGCCAAAAAGCAAGAGGAGAAGACCUUGAAGGAACUGGAGAUGCACUACUCAAAAAAAGAGUACGAGGACUUUAUGGAUUAUAAAAAGACAAAAAGUUCUGAAGAGUUACAGUCUUCUGUGGACACCUCUGACUCCAAGAAAUUAAGCUCCUUAGAGAUUGUCCAGGAAGACAAAACAAAAUCUGAUAUCACCCUUUCCAGGGAUAAAGACGUCUCUGCAGAAGAGUUGAUAGAAGAGGUGACUGAAAACCACCCAGAGGUGUUUGCCAUGAUGGAGGAUACUCUGAGACAUGCCAAGGAAUUGAACUUUGAGCAACCACACGAUAAACAGGCUGAAAUACUGGAGGAAAUCAUCAAAGAGGAAACAGAAGAUAACAAGAAUAGGUUCCCUGGUGCCCCAAAAUAUGGAGGAUGGAUUGUGGAGAACUUACCUUUAAUACGAGAACUGUGGUCGUCCUUAAUAGAAAAAGCACUUAUACCUGAUUUGGUUGUCUAUUUAUCAGAUACAGAAAGCAACGGAAAAAAUGUGUUAAAUAGAAUGUAUUUAAAGAAUAAGGCAGAAAUUGAUGCUAAGAUUUUAGAAAGAUUGCAAGAAGAACUUCAAGCCAAAAAAAGAGAGGAGGAGGAAAUAAGAAAAGUCAAAGAAGAGGAGCUGAGAAUGGAAGAAGAAAAGCAAAGGAUGAUGGAACUUGCGGCUAAGAAAUCAAAAGAUGUUGAAGAUGAAGCGGAUGAGGAGGAUGAUGUUCAAGAUUCUGAAAUCCACGAGUCUGAGGCAGCUGAAAUACAGGAGUACACCAGAGGGUCAUCAUUGCCUGAAGCACCAGAGGGAGAACAUGAACCUGAAGCGGAAUUCAAGGCUCCAGGGGACGCGGCAGCAGAAGGGGAACCCAAAGAGGUCCUGAUACCGGAAGACCUUCUGAAAGCCAUGCUGCCGGAGUUCCCAGAAGAUGGCUACCCCAACGUUCCUGAAAUGGAGCCAUUGAAGGAACAACUGAGCAGUUACAUUGUCUUUUGGAAGCAAAUGGAGCAGAUUAUUUCUGACAGUUUAGUUCCAAUAUUAACACUGGAUGUUUCCAACAAAACGCCCCAGGACCUCCUCCAUCGCGUAGUGGAUGCAAUGGAAAGGUCUUUUAAAUAUAGCGCCUGGGAGUUGAAUGCUGAAGAUUAUGAGGAAGAAGCAGAGGACUACCAGGCCGAAACAGAAGUGGACGAGGAGCAGGAGGAAGAGGAAGAGGAGGAGGAGGAGGGUGAAGAAAAAAUUAAAGAAAGGAGGAGACACUUGGGAGAUACCAAACACUUCUGCCCGGUGGUUCUCAAAGAAAACUUUGUUCUGCAACCGGGCAACACAGAGGAAGCUGUUAAAUACCGAGAAAAGAUAUACUACUUCUCAAGCUCAGAGGCGAAGGAGAAGUUUUUGGAACACCCCGAGGACUACGUGUCUCAGAACGAACCAUUAAAGGCUCCUCCACUAAGGAUUUGUCUUCUGGGCCCUCACGGCUCUGGCAAAACUGUAUGUGCAAGAAAGCUGGCAGAAAACUUUGGCAUUUUUCACAUUCAGUUUGAUGAAUUUCUCCAAGAAAAAAUGCUGCUCAAGGCUGAAAGGAAGUUCGGACCCGAGUUUGAGGACGAUUCCGAGGAGGAGCAGGCAGCGAAGCAAGAACUUGAAGAGCUUGCAUCUCAGGCGAAUGUGAAGAUUGAAGAAGACACCACGAAGAAACAGCUUCCAGAAGUCCAGUUCACAGAGGAAGAAGAGGCGAUCAAGCUGAGUCUGACUGACAGCGAGCCCCUGCCGUCGGAAAUUCUAGACCCCAUUCUUUCUGAGUGGUGGCUUAAAGAACCAAUACGAUCCACUGGCUUUAUACUGGAUGGCUUCCCGCGGUACCCUGAGGAGGCCCAGUUUCUGGGCGAGCGUGGAUUUUUCCCAGACGCCGCCGUUAUAAUACAAGUCGAUGAUCAAGACAUCUUUGAUCGCCUUCUUCCUGCCCAAGUUCAGAAGUGGAAGACAAAACAGUCCAAGAAGUUAGAGAGAAAAAAACUCAUCAAAGACCUGAAGACAAAAAUCAAGGAUGAUAUGGUCGCUAAAAGAAGAGCUGAACUUAUUUUGGAGAGAGAGAAAAAAAAGAAAGAUAGCGCGUUGCGAGAUGAAGAGGAAUACAGUGAUGAAGAGGACGAUGAGGACGACAUCGAGAACAUCCUUGAGGAAGAGUUUCCAAAGGAUGAGGAAGAGAUGAGCGAGGAAGACGAGGAACAGGAAGGAGACGCAACCGAGCGCCUGAGAAACGAGCUGGGAGAGAAAUUUGAAACAGAAACAAAUAAUAUCCAAUCGAUACAGGACGAAUUCGAAAAGGUUCUGAUACCACUAAUUAUGGUCAACGGAGCCAGGAAAAAGCACAUUGUACAAUACAUAAUGAAUAUGAAAUUGAAGCCCCUGGUGGAAAACCGUGAGAGCAUUUUCGAGAAGUGUUACCCGGUAACCUCGCACCUCGCUCACAAAAUGCUUGCCUUCACCUACAAACACAUGAGCUCAUUCGGCUACUGGGACCCGGUAAAGCUAAGCGAAGGAGAGACAAUCAAACCUGUCGAAAGUGCAGAGAACCCGCUGAACCCUGUAAUCCAUCGUCACUACAUCUAUUUCUUAUCCACUAAGCAAACUAAAGAGAAAUUUAUGAUGAACCCCAUCAAAUACAUCCGGCAACCCAAACCCAAAGCCACUAUGCCCGUGAGGAUUAUGAUUGUGGGGCCUCCCAAGUCGGGGAAAUCUACAGUGGCCAGAAAGCUUGCAAGUGACUACGGCUUAAGACGUUUGUCGGUGGGAGACGCGUUGCGUGGGAUGCUCAGCAGUCACCCAGAAUCGGAGCUGUCACUGAUGUUAAACUGGCACCUUCACAAGGGGAUGACGGUGCCCGAUGAGCUGGCUAUUCAAGCGUUAGACAUCUCUCUGAUGGACAGUGUGUGCAACACUGUAGGUGUGGUUAUCGAUGGCUACCCUGUCACUCCACACCAGAUGGAGCUCUUAGAGGCGAGGUCAAUCAUUCCCAUGGUCAUCUUUGAGUUGGAUGUGCCGUCCAAGGAGAUUUUCAAAAGACUGCUCUUGGAGAAGAAGAUUGAGCAAAGUAUGCCUUAUCCACUGCACAACAGCUCGCAGAUCAUCGCUUACAAGAACACCAAGUACCGUAAAAACGUCAACGAGAUCAGGCAAUUUUAUCAAAAGCAGCAUCAAAACUGGCACGUGAUUGACGGCUUUCACAGUAAAUGGUGGGUAUGGAAUGCAGUCCUCAAAGACAUCCAGCAGAUGAAUAAGUACAUACAGACAUACAUGGAAAAAAUAAAGGAAGGGAAAGCCGCAUGCAUUGACAAAUUAUGUAUCACGCCGGAGGAGCUGAUUUCACGCCUGGGAGAGUUUAAACAGUUCUGCCCCGUCAGCCUAGCAGAAACGGGCGAACUCAUUGAUUGCUCGGUGACUACCAGCUUGGAAUUUGCAGCAGAGUUCAGGGGACACUAUUAUAAAAUGAGUUCCCAGGAAAAGCUAAAUAAAUUUCUGAAGGACCCAGAACUGUAUGUGCCCCCCUUGGCACCCAACCCGCUCCCACCGGAUGACUUACUUCCCAAAAGGCUGACGUUGUCGGAGCUGAAGAGUCGUUUCCCUAAGUGUGCUGAGCUCCAGGGCUACUGCCCAGUGACAUACCAGGAUGGAAAACAAAGAUAUGAAGCCCUAGUGCCUGGUGACAUUCAAUAUGCUGUAGAGUAUCGUGAUCGCAUAUUUAUUUGUGAAAGUGAAGAAAAACUCGAGAAAUUCUUGAGGUUGCCAACGAAAUACUGGGAUCAGAAGCUUCCACGAAAACUUCCCCCGCUAAAGGAAUCCAUCAACCUCACCAGUCUGCCUUUGCCUGGGUAUCUGGAACAGGGGACAGCAACUUCCCUGAUCAAGGCCAUGAACGCGGCAGGGAACCUGAAACCCAAGCUCCCCUUCCUGAGCGUGCGGAGGUCCGUGCUCCUCUACAUAGGGUUCCACCUCAAAGCGUUUAAUCCCAAGGGUUCUGAAUAUUCAAGAAAAAAAUAUAAGAAGAAGAUGGAGCAGUUUGUGGAAAGGUGUGAACUCAUAACGUACCUCAGUUCCAAGAUGACCCGGAAGUACAAGGAGCCUCAGUUCAGAGCCAUCGACUUCGAUCAUAAGAUGCAGACGUUUUUGUCCUUGAAACACAUAGACCCCGUUACUGGGUAGCUUGCUUGGGUUACAGAGAUCCAAAUCCCAGAUGUCUCCGAGGGAGAGAGGCAGAUGAAGCACAACUUCAACCCUGCAUUUU